AUGAUACAGAGAUAUUUAUCAUUCGAGCUUAUAUUAGGCUCGCCAAGAAAUUUCACUGAGACUAGUACAAGUCUAAAAGGCAAGAAAUCCUGUGAUACCGCUACUUUAGAUUCACUUAUCGUACCAUUUCAAAGUCCGUUCUGGCUCAACAACAAAAAUUGGUUUGUUACUUGUGACUAUAUUCCACUAGCAAUGAAAACUAUACUUUAUACAACACCGAUCUGUACAGAGGUUGAAGUCCAAGCAGAAUCUCCUGUAUUUGAAGUAUCAUCAACAAAACCUAAUUGUCGCUUAAUUUUGCAUCGAAAUUACAAUAUGAUCUAUAACAUCGAAAAUGAGACACUUAUUAAAUUGAACCUCAAAGAAAAUCCUGGUCGCUAUUGUACAACUGUGAGUGCAGCAAUUCAAAUAUACAAUGAUAAAACAAUCACUAAAAUGGAUCUUCACGAAAAGAGUAUCGAUGACAUCAAGAUGAAAUUUUUGGCUGAUGCACUAUACAACAAUGAAGUAACAUCAUUUCUCAUUUGUUCCAUUGAUGAUCAUGGUUUCAUUGUGGCACUUAUUAAAUUGAACCUCAAAGGAAAUCCUGGUAGCUACUGUACAGUUGUGAGUGCAGCAAUUCAAAUACGAAAUAAUAAAACACUCACCAGUAUAGAUCUUCGAUGGCACCAGUAUGGAGACAAUGAAAUAAAAUUAUUAGCAAAUGAAUUAUACAAAAACAAAACAAUCACUUACAUGAACCUUCGGGAAAAUAAAAUUAGUGACACCGGAAUAAAGUAUUUAGCUAAUGCAUUAAAAAACAACAAAGUACUCACCAUUCUCGAACUCUCCUACAAUCAAAUCAGUAACAAUGGAUUGCAAUGCCUUGAUGAUGCCUUAAAAGAAAACAAAACACUUAUUAAAUUGAACCUCGAAGGAAAUUCUGGUAGCUAUUAUACAACUGUGAGUGCAGCAAUUCAAAUACGAAAUGAUAAAAUUACGGUUCCCGGAUUUUCAACAUCAAAUAACUCAAUUCAUACAAAACGAGCUCUUCUCAUUGGCAACAAUAAAUACAAGAAAAAUAGUCAACUUCAAUAUUGUAUCAAUGAUGCUGAAGAUCUUGCUAACAAAUUAUAUAAAAUUGACUUUGAAAUCACAAUUGGUACUAAUUUGACAUAUGAACAGAUGAAUAGAAUUAUUGAAACGUUUAACGAUAAGAUAAAUCCAGGUGAUCUUGUUCUUUUCUUUUUUGCCGGUCACGGAUGUCAAUGGAGUCAUCUAAAUUUUCUUAUGCCCAUUGAUGACGAUCGAAUUAAAACAAAUACUGAUCUGGAAUAUCGAGCAAUAAAUGCUCAAGUUACGCUUGAAAAGAUUAUCAAUCGUCGUCCAUCAGCAGCUAUAUUUCUUCUUGAUUGUUGUCGAAAUAGUUUUGUAUGCGAAUCAACAAAUUUUAAUUGUCUUUCAAGUAUGCGACCGAUUGGUCAUUCAUUUAUUAGUUUUGCAUGUACAGCAAAUAAAGUUGCAUUAGAUAAAUCAGAAAAUGGUCGAAAUAGUUUAUUUACAUCUCAUCUUUUUCAACAUAUUGAUCAACCGAAUUUAACUAUUGGUGAAAUAAUGUAUGGUGUCUGUAAUGGUAUGAUGAAUGAAACAAAUAAUGAUCAAUAUCCAUUUCGAGUAUCUUCGCUUCGACGGAAAGUUUAUUUAAAUCAACAAUUUCCAAUUGGACAAUCAAUUCUUCUCAAUCAUAUUAAUAUCAACACUAAAUGGAGACGACAUGGAAUUACUAUGGCUGGAGGAAAUGGACAUGGUAAUCAAUUAAAUCAACUCUUUCAACCUCAAGGUAUCUAUGUUGAUGACGAUGAUCAAACUAUUUAUAUAGCUGAUUCUGGGAAUGAUCGUAUUGUUGAAUGGAAAUAUGGAGCAAAGAAUGAUCAAGUCGUUGCAGGUGGAAAUGGGCAUGGAAAUGGAAGUGAUCAAUUGAAUGAACCAGCAAAUGUGAUUGUUGAUAAAAAGAAUGAUUCCCUCAUCAUUUGUGAUCGACUGAACCGACGCGUGGUACGAUGGUCUCGUCAAGAUGGUACAAAUGGAGAAACAAUCAUUUCUAACAUUGAUUGUUGGGGAUUAAUAAUGGACAAAAAUGAAGAUCUUUAUGUCUCUGAUUGGAAGAAGCAUGAAGUGAGACGAUGGAAACAAGGAGAGAAAGAAGGAACAAUAGUAGCAGGUGGGAAAGGAGAAGGAAAUCUUCUCAAUCAACUCAAUCAUCCUACUCAUAUCUGCGUUGAUGAACAUCAUUCAGUUUAUGUGUCGGAUUGGAGGAAUCAUCGUGUGAUGAAAUGGAUGAAAGGUGCAAAAGAAGGUAUUGUUGUUGCUGGUGGAAAAGGUAAGGGGAAUAGUUUGACACAAUUGUCUAAUCCUCGAGGAGUGAUUGUCGAUCAUUUGGGUAAUGUUUAUGUGGCUGAUAUGUCGAAUGAGCGAAUAAUGCGUUGGUGCGAAGGCUCUAAGGAAGGUAGUAUUGUUGUUGGUGGAAAUGGAAGAGGAGAACAAUCAAAUCAGUUCAAAUAUCCCGCAGGUUUAUCAUUCGAUAUUGAAGGUAAUCUUUAUGUUGUCGAUUGUCAUAAUCAUCGAAUACAAAAAUUUAAUAUUGAUUUGAAUUAA